UCGAUGGCUCCACCUGCCGUGCGGCGGCGGCGGCAGCGGCCUCCGGGAAGCGCCCACUCAGCGCGUCGCGUCCACAGCCGUCGGGAUUAUUAGUUAGUCCAACGUCGGCACACAGCUGAAGGCUCCAAUCGAGUUUAUCAGACCGUCGCCGUCCGUCACCACCGUGACCCCAGUCGGGCGGGUACGCUCCACGCCGUGUCUGGGCGUCGCACGGCGCGAUUAUUCAGCCGCAGCAGCCGCUGCCGCAGCAGCCGCAGGCCAUGUCCGUGCGGUCCGUCUCGGCCCAGGAUCUGCAGGAGCUUUUGUUGUCGGGGCUGCCCCACGUCGUGGUGCAUUUCUGGGCAACAUGGGCCCCGCAGUGCGCGCAGAUGAACGACGUGAUGGAGGAGCUCGCCACGGAGCACCCGGCCGUCUCCUUCGUGAAGCUGGAGGCCGAGGCCGUACCGGAGCUGGCGCUCAAGCACAACGUGAAAGCCGUGCCCACCUUCAUCUUCUUCAAGGCCGGCCAGCCCGUGGAGCGGCUGGACGGAGCUCACGCCCCAGAGUUGGUGAAGAAAGUCCAGCAGCUGGCCGCGUCCCUGCCCCACGCUACUCCCACCACCACCGCCGUGGCAAAGGUGCCCAGUGCCGAUCUCAAGGAGCGCCUCCACACGCUGGUCCGUGCAGCGCCAUGCAUGCUGUUUAUGAAGGGCACGUCAAAGGAGCCGCGAUGUGGUUUCAGUCGGCAGACGGUGGAAAUCCUAAACCGACACGGAGUAAAGUUCAGCAGCUUUGACAUUCUCUCUGAUGAGGCGGUACGACAGGGCCUAAAGGAGUUUUCCAACUGGCCUACCUACCCCCAGCUGUACGUGAACGGAGAUCUCAUAGGAGGUCUCGAUAUCAUCAAGGAGCUGGCAGAGACUGGAGAGUUGGACAAGAUGUUCCCCAAGGAAGAAAGCUUAGAGGACAGGCUUAAAUCUUUUAUAAACAAGGCCCCAGUUAUGUUGUUCAUGAAAGGAAAUAAAGAGACACCCCGCUGUGGGUUCAGUCGGAGUAUUGUGAACAUUCUCAAUGACACUGGGGUGAAGUAUGAAACUUUCGAUAUACUUCAAGAUGAGGAGGUUCGGCAGGGCCUGAAGACCUUUUCAAACUGGCCAACCUACCCCCAGCUAUAUGCAUACGGUGAACUGGUCGGAGGAUUGGACAUUGUUAAGGAACUGCUGGAGUCUGGGGAGCUCCUGUCCACCUUGCAAGCCCCAAAAUAGAAGAUAAAACGGAAUACUUCCACACAGAGGGAGGCCGCAUGGGGGCGGAUUCGACUCGCAAACCUCAGCUCUACACACGCAUGUAAACGACAGUAAUAUUCACUGUCUUUAGGGGGAUGUAUUGUAUGGUGCCCUUUGGGAAUGGAUAUUAAAUGCACAUUGGUCUGUCAUUGCAAGAUGUUAAUAAAAGGCUUACUGAUUGUCCUUG